AUGUCUGAUGUAACAAAAUUGAGAGCUGCCAAACAAGGUUUGGGCGUGAGGUUAGACAGAGAAGUUGUAGGGGUUAGCGUUAAAACUAGCGGAGCCUUCAGUCGUGCUCACUUGUUAAUAGAUAAAAAGACAAGCAGAGAGUACGUGGGCAAAAUUUAUGCUCUUGAAGAUCCAAUGACUCGGGUUCUGGGAGCUAGAGAAUUUGAGUGUCUUAAUCGACUCCAUCACAACAAUGUUGUCGAGAUGGUUGACGCUGUUGUCAGUGAUGAUCAUCUCGUCCUUGUCACAGAAAGACUUUCCGGAAAUCACUUGCUGGAAGAAGUCCUCCUCGGUCACACGUGGACGGAAGCAGCAGCAACAAUGCUCAUUAAAGAGAUUUUAGAAGCUGUGGCACACGUUCAUGAUGAGGGUAUUGUUCAUCUUGAUAUCCAACCUGAUAAUAUCAUAUUCCCUCGUGGCACAUCAUCACGUUCUGCUGGUUUGGAGGGCCUCAUGAAAGCCCUCAGUAGUCUCUCUGUCGAUACAGCAGGUGCUGGUGGCCGCAGUGACCUUGGUGUUGUCUCAUGUUUUGUCAAACUCACAGGAUUUUCAAUGGCACAACCUGUUGGACAACGUCAAGGUCUUCAUAUGGCCAGUAUCAUGCCUCCUGCUCUAUGGUGUCCCGACUUUGCAGCUCCCGAACUUCUCAGAGUAACGAAUGCAAUCGAUACUAAUGAAGAUAACUCCGAAAUCAAUAUCACCUUUGCUGCGGAUGUGUGGAGCAUCGGUGUGAUCGCUUAUCUCCUGUAA